AUGGCUUCACUCAUUGACAUGUCACGGAUUCCUUUCAUCCCUGGGAGGUUGCACGCGACGAACCACCCGUACCAGAGAUACGGUCCAAAGGGUUUCAUGGAAAUCAAGGUCCUUCCCAGGAGCGACGACCUCUACGUCCGCGUCGACUUGCCCGGAGUUCCAGACGACGCUAUCCGCUACAGAGUCGACGCCGUGAGACAAAAGCUCGUCUUUUUCUCCGGUGAAGAAACUCUCCGCGACGGCGUCAAGGUUGAGGACGUUCGUGAGUACUCUGGAUCCGCCGGUUUAGGGUGUGACUGCUGCGAGAUAACCGGAGUGGAUGCGAAGAUGAAAGAUGGAGUCUUGAGGAUGAUUGUGUCAAGGGUCAAAGUCAACAAAGACCAUCAAGACAACAAGUGUACCCACUUUGUGCCUCCUAACGCAGGGAGAUCUGGAAGAUACGAUUACCAACGGUCAUCUGAUGAGAGAUACAAAUACGAUGUGAAAUCAUUUAACAUGGUUGGAGUGGUGGAGGAACAUCCGUUUGUGGUGAAAGGUCGUAAGGGUGUAGUCACUCGCCAACGAACAUCUGAUGGAUGUUUCCACUUUUCAGUGGAUAUGCCAGGUGUUUGCAGUGAUGACAUGUUCAUGCUUCCUAACGAGAAUGAGAUCAAGUUCUACGGGGAGAACAAGGAGGUUUAUGAGCACGACGAGAGUUGCCGCAUUUUCCUUGGAGCCGUCGACCGUACAUGUUGUGCCUAUGGGAUUCCACUUCUGAACCACGACAUCGCUUGGGAUGCAGAGUUUGGUGUUCUCAAAGUCCGUGUUUCACCACCUCCUCCUAACAACAAUUGA